AUGGAGAAUCAAAAUAACCAUAAGGAAAACCGUCACAAUAACAACAGAAGAAGACAAAAUAAUAAUGCACAAAAGCCAGACGGUCCUAAAAGAGAAGCUAUAUUGGAUUUGAACAAAUACAAGGAUCAACAAAUUCGUGUUAAAUUUAUCGGUGGUAGACAAGUAGUGGGCACUUUGAAGGGAUUUGAUCAAUUGAUGAAUUUGGUGUUGGACGAUGUUGUUGAAACUCUCAGAGAUCCAGAAGAUGAUAGCGUAUUGACCAAGGAAACCAGAAAUCUUGGCUUAGUGGUUGUGAGAGGACCAACCUUACUUACCAUCUCUCCAGUGGAUGGUAGUGAAAUUAUCGACAAUCCAUUUGCAGCUCCAGAAUAG